AUGGCGGAUAGCGAACCAUCUCACCAGGAAUCGCUACUAACAAGAAGUCGAUACAGCCGUGGGAGAAUAAGUAUCAUUAUGGAUAUACUGAGAGGCUGUUUUAUGUGCUGUUAUCUAAUGUGUCCACCUACUCCAAGCUCAAUCACACGUAAAAUAGCAUUCCACCCUCCACAAAAAGGGCGAACCUAUGCAAUUUUUUUGAAGGAUGGGACACCGAUCAAUAGUGCUUCAAAGCUCGCGGGGAAAGGAUUCGACGUUAAACCUGAACGUCUAACGAAAUGCCCACAGUCGGAGUACAAUGAUUUGAUGUCACGUGUUCAGUGUUUCACGGUACGAACAGUGUAUGGAAACGAUAUUAUAGCGAUAAAAUGUUCUCCAGAGCAUCCUGAAACGAAUGAACGGCUAAGUAAAAUGGUUAUAAUAUUCGCUCAACCGAAUGCAUCCGAUCUCGGAGAGUAUCUUCAGCCUUUUCACCUAAACAUCCCUUUGUUAGCUGAACUUUUUGAGACUGACGUCUAUGCAUUUGAUUAUUCAGGAUACGGCUACUCAUCCGGAACGGUGUCCGAGAGAAAUAUCUACGCAGACGUACGCGCUGUGUACGACUAUGUACGGCAAAGUAGAGCAGAUAAAAAGAUCAUUCUUCUCGGGUACAGUAUCGGAACUGCCGCCGUAGCUGAUAUGGCCGCCAGUAAACCUGAAGGAUUAGCUGGAGUAGUGAUGGUCGCACCAUUCACUAGUGGACUUCGUCUAUUUGGCAAGAAGCCAACCGAUGCGACUACAAGCAAACUCGACAGAUUUACCACAUGCGAUAAGAUGCAUAAUAUUAGCGUUCCCGUACUUGUUUGUCAUGGUAGUCUGGAUGAAGCGAUACCGGUGGAACAUGGUUUAGAAAUCGCACGAAAAGCACCACGUGGUGUCCCACCACUCAUCGUUCACGGAGCGGAUCAUAUGUCGAUAUUUAAUGGAAAAUAUUUGCAGACAUUCAGGAGAAUUCGACAAUUUAUGGAUCAAGAAGCUGACUCUGAUACUGUUACACAUGCAGGUUCAGAUUGA